AGCACUGUGCCGAGACCACGUGGCCUUGGAGGCGGCUCAGGGCGCCCUUGGAAGCUCCCGGACUCGCGGUCAUGGCUGGUCCAGCGCAGGCCGGUGGGGCCAGGUCCCUAGACCUGCUCCGGGCCCUGCCGCGUGUGAGCCUGGCCAAUUUAAAGCCCAAUCCCGGCUCCAGGAAACCGGCGAGGCGACCAAGAGGUCGGAGAAGAGGUAGAAAAUGUGGGAGAGGCCAUAAAGGAGAAAGGCAGAGAGGAACCCGGCCACGGCUGGGCUUCGAGGGAGGCCAGACUCCAUUUUAUAUCCGAAUCCCAAAAUAUGGAUUUAAUGAAGGACAUAGCUUCAGACGCCAGUAUCAGCCUUUGAGUCUCAAGAGACUGCAGUAUCUUAUUGAUUUGGGUCGAGUUGAUCCUACUCAACCUAUUGACUUAACCCAGCUUGUCAAUGGGAGAGGUGUAACUAUCCAGCCUCUUAAAAGGGACUAUGGUGUCCAGCUGGUUGAGGAGGGUGCUGACACCUUUAGGGCAAAAAUCAAUAUCGAAGUACAGUUGGCUUCAGAACUAGCUAUUGCUGCAAUUGAAAAAAAUGGUGGUGUAGUUACUACAGCCUUCUAUGAUCCAAGAAGUCUGGAUAUUCUGUGCAAACCUGUUCCAUUCUUUCUGCGUGGACAACCCAUUCCAAAACGAAUGCUGCCCCCUGAAGCACUGGUGCCAUAUUAUACUGAUGCAAAGAACCGAGGUUACCUGGCGGAUCCUGCCAAAUUUCCUGAAGCAAGACUGGAACUUGCCAAGAAGUAUGGCUAUGUUCUACCCGAUAUCACUAAAGAUGAACUCUUUAAAAUGCUCAGUACUCGAAAGGAUCCAAGGCAGAUCUUCUUUGGUCUUGCUCCAGGAUGGGUGGUGAAUAUGGCAGAUAAGAAAAUUCUAAAACCUACAGAUGAGAAUCUCCUCAAGUAUUAUAGCUCAUGAAUUCCCUUCCAGCAAAGCAGAAUUGUAACAGAGUACCAGAAAAGGGACUGAAGCAUAUGGAUUUCUCCAAUCAUUGUAUAUAAUCAUUUGCAUUUCAUGAAUGUAUAAUUCCUCAGCUGUUAGUUGUUAGGGUAGUCAUAUCUCUUUUUCAUUUUCAUCUAAAAUUAAAAUAACACUGCAGAAAAUAAGGACUGCACAUAGGAAUUGACCGUGUAGAUUGUGUGUCAAAGAUUCAGACUCUGCUGGUUGAUUGAAGGACAAUUAUAAAUAUUUAAAAAUAUUUCUAGUCCAUCUUUUUAUGAUCUUUUCUUUUCUGCCUUGUUAUUGUUUCAUGUCAGAAUUAAACACAAGUGGAAAGAGGUUGAUUAGUAGGCCUGCUCAACUAAGAUUGAAGCAGGUGCUAAUGAGCUGAUAAAAUGAGCUCCUUUUAAUCAGUAGCCUCAGAGCUCUGCUACUCAGAGGCAAGAUCAGGAAGGUGAUCAGGAAGGUGAGCUUAGGCUGAUGAUUGACUUUUUUUUUUUUUGGUACCUAGGAUUGAACUCAGGGCACUUAACCACUGAGCCACAUCCCAGCCCCUUUCUAUUUUUUAGUUUGAGACAGGGUUUUGUUAAGUUGCUUAGGACCUUGCUAAAUUGCUGAGGCUGGCCUCAGAAUUUGUAAUCCUCUUGUCUCAGCCUCCAGAGCUUCUGGAAUUACAGGCAUGCACCACCAUGGCAAACCUAGUGAAUGACUCCUAAGUAAUAUAUUUUCUGGCAAUAUGGGAGAUUAGAGAAACAAGAAUUCCUAGCACUGAUGAGAUUAGACAAUAAUGAUUAACCAUUAGUAUUCUGUCUUAAAGAAAUAUUCUAACAGACAUAAUUCUAUUUAUGUGAGACAUUGAAGACCUUUGUCCUUUAGUUAUUUCAAAAAACUUUGGAAAACUUGUUCAGUGAUUAUGUACACAAUAAAAAUGGUAAUGGGAAAGUUAAACUCA